AUGGCUACAAUAUUCCACCAAUUUGGCUUACUCCCUGUCGAGGUGCGACUACAAGUGUGGGAAUGCAAUCUUCGGUCUGCAAACCCAGCUUUUCACGUCUUCUCUAUCAGAGGCCGAGCUACGACUACUAUGUCAACCGAUCUUACACACAAAACACCAACGCAAGUUCACCAAUACGAGACUUAUGUUCUUUCCAAUCCUACAUACACACCAAAAAAGCGGUGUCCGUGGUCCGAGUCAGAUCCUUCGACAUACCGCGUCGAUGCCGGCCUUUGGUCCGCCUGUAAGGAGUCCAGAGACGUGGUUCAAAAGCAUUACGCAACGCUGGUGAACCCUUCUAGCGGCCACAGCUCUUCUACACGACAUAAUCAACCUGUACAAAGCGCUUCCGGAUCAAGCAUCCUUCCAGGCAAAGAUCUCAUCAUCUUCCAAGUUGCACCCGACGCAUACGUCCCCGUCGGAGACGCAUUAUCCGCCCUCCGUCCCUUCUUCCAAAACGACGGAACCCAACCAUUGCACAUCGCGUUCGAAUUCACCGACGACUGGGGCAUCCAGCCCACCGAAGACAUCAAGUCCAUGAUUAAUCAACCAGGUCCCCGGGCUUGCUUUAUCCGCCUCUUGGAACGGACUAUGUGUGGGCUUCUUUCGGCCAAGUUAUACCUCAUGGAUUACGGCUCGAAGGGGGCCGAGGUCGGGUCGCCGGUGCUCUUCUCCGCUGGAGGUUACGAUCUCAGCGAAAUCGAGUGGACGCCCACGCCGACUGCGGCGCCUGAUAUAUGUGCCGCGAGAUAUUUUACUAUCGACCUCUCCAGCCUAGGUUUGAAGUACUGGCCCUUUUUCCUACCGAUGUGGGCGCCUGAUGAUCUAUUGACUUCGCGACCGUUUGUUCAUUACUCGUCUUCCAUAGCCAAGGUUGCGAUGCUCCGAUCCGAGAGAAGAACUCAGGCCGAAGAAUCAGGCGGUGAGGGAAGGAGAUGA